CAUAUUUUAGGCCACCUGAUAAGUGCUUCAAACAGCUGAAACUUAAAACGCCUCUAAACUUACUUGAAUUUAAUAAAAUAUCUUAUUUUUGUUUAUUAUUUAAAUUAUGCCUUAUUAUCAGACAUGGGAAGAGUUCGCACGAGCGAUCGAAAAACUCUAUUUUACGGACCCGAUGAAGGUGAGAGUAGUUCUGAAAUAUCGACACUGCGAUGGAAACCUCUGUAUGAAAGUCACAGAUGAUGCUGUGUGUUUACAGUACAAGACUGAUCAGGCCCAGGAUGUAAAGAAGAUUGAGAAACUGCACGGCAAAUUGAUGAGAUUAAUGGUCUCCAAAGAGUCACACAGUGGAGCCAUGGAAACAGACUGAAUGAAUCAAAGGACUUUUCGGUGUUGGAUCGUUAUUGGUGAUAGUCUGACAAAUUUUACGUGACCCAGAACUACAGGAGAAUGGAGAAUUUUGGUUGAUGUUUAUUGACUAUAUUGAGAAUAUACAAGAUCAUGCUAUCUUGGAUGGAGCAAGCAGCAGGAACAUCCCACGAGGCAUAUAUUUGUGUUAUUGCUUCAGUCGACUGUUGAUUUAGUUUUCAUUAAUUUGGUCUAAAAGUGGGUUUUAACUGCGUCAAUAUCAAGGGAAUACAUUUUAAUCCAGGACCUUCUUUAUUUCUUAUAAAGUGAAUGGAAAUUUAAGUCCCAGUCCUGAAGUUUGUAUCUAUCCAUGAUGUACAAUAUACUUAAAUGUUUUGUUGUUUCCCUAUUUUACUUUCUAUGAACAUUUGGUAAAUGCUUGUGAAUUAUUUAUCUGUUUCAAUGUCUGAUAAUAUGCAUCUUUCCACUAAAUGAGCUUUUAUUAUUAAAACAGUUACCAAGAGAUUA